GGGGCCCCGCUGCGAUGGGCAACCUGGAGAGCGCCGAGGGGGGCCCGGGAGAGCCUCCCUCUGUUCCGCUGCUGCUGCCGCCCGGCAAAAUGCCGAUGCCUGAGCCCUGUGAGCUGGAGGAGAGGUUCGCCCUGGUGCUGAGCUCCAUGAACCUGCCUCCCGACAAGGCCCGGCUCCUGCGGCAGUAUGACAACGAGAAGAAGUGGGAUCUGAUCUGUGACCAGGAACGAUUCCAGGUGAAGAAUCCUCCCCACACUUACAUCCAGAAACUCCAGAGCUUCUUGGACCCCAGUGUAACUCGGAAGAAGUUCAGGAGGAGAGUGCAGGAGUCAACCAAAGUACUAAGAGAGCUGGAGAUCUCACUUCGCACCAACCACAUUGGGUGGGUGCGGGAGUUUCUGAAUGAUGAAAACAAAGGCCUGGAUGUGCUGGUGGAUUACCUGUCCUUUGCCCAGUGUUCUGUCAUGUUUGACUUUGAGGGUCUGGAGAGUGGUGACGAUGGUGCAUUUGACAAGCUCCGGUCCUGGAGCAGGUCAAUCGAGGACCUGCAGCCGCCCAGUGCCCUGUCGGCCCCCUUCACCAACAGCCUCGCUCGCUCUGCGCGCCAGUCUGUGCUCCGGUAUAGCACUCUCCCUGGGCGCAGGGCCCUGAAGAACUCCCGCCUGGUGAGUCAGAAGGAUGACGUCCACGUCUGUAUCCUUUGUCUCAGAGCCAUCAUGAACUAUCAGUACGGAUUCAACCUGGUCAUGUCCCACCCCCAUGCUGUCAAUGAGAUUGCACUCAGCCUCAACAACAAGAAUCCAAGGACCAAAGCCCUUGUCUUGGAGCUCCUGGCAGCUGUGUGUUUGGUGCGGGGAGGUCACGAAAUCAUCCUUGCUGCCUUUGACAAUUUCAAAGAGGUGUGCAAGGAGCUACACCGCUUUGAGAAGCUGAUGGAGUAUUUCCGAAAUGAGGACAGCAACAUCGACUUCAUGGUGGCCUGCAUGCAGUUCAUCAACAUUGUGGUGCACUCCGUGGAGGACAUGAACUUCCGAGUCCACCUGCAGUAUGAGUUUACCAAGCUGGGUCUAGAGGAGUUCCUUCAGAAGUCAAGGCACACAGAGAGCGAGAAGCUGCAGGUGCAGAUUCAGGCAUACCUGGACAACGUGUUUGACGUGGGGGGUUUGUUGGAGGAUGCUGAGACCAAGAAUGUAGCCCUGGAGAAGGUGGAGGAACUGGAGGAGCAUGUGUCCCAUCUCACGGAGAAACUUCUGGACCUAGAGAAUGAGAACAUGAUGCGGGUGGCGGAGCUAGAGAAGCAGCUCCUGCAGCGGGAGAAGGAACUAGAGAGCAUCAAGGAGACAUAUGAGAACACGAACCACCAGGUGCACACCCUGAGGAGACUUAUUAAAGAGAAGGAGGAGGCUUUCCAGCGCCGAUGCCGCUUAGAGCCAAGUGCCCGGGGCCUGGAGUCCAUGGGCAGUGAGGCCUUGGCCAGAGUAGGCCCCACGGAGCUGAGUGAGGGCAUGCCACCCUCCGACCUGGACAUCCUGGCUCCAGACCCAACCCCGGAGGAGGUCCUGCCUCUGCCUCCACCACCGGCUCCUCCCUUGCCCCCUCCACCUCCCCCAUUACCAGACAAGUGUCCCCCAGCCCCGCCUCUCCCUGGCACUGCUCCCUCUGUAGUAUUGACGGUGGGCCUGUCAGCCAUUCGAAUUAAGAAACCUAUCAAGACCAAGUUCCGGCUGCCUGUCUUCAACUGGACAGCACUGAAACCCAACCAGAUCAGUGGCACUGUCUUCAGCGAACUUGAUGAUGAGAAAAUCUUGGAGGACCUGGACCUGGAUAAGUUUGAAGAAUUAUUCAAGACAAAAGCCCAGGGCCCUGCCCUUGACCUCAUCUGCUCCAAGAACAAGACAGCACAAAAGGCUGCUAGCAAGGUGACCCUGUUGGAAGCCAAUCGUGCCAAGAACCUGGCCAUCACCCUACGCAAGGCUGGCCGCUCAGCCGAGGAGAUCUGCAGGGCCAUUCACACGUUUGACCUGCAGACACUACCUGUGGACUUCGUGGAGUGCCUGAUGCGCUUCCUGCCCACAGAGGCAGAGGUGAAACUGCUGCGGCAGUAUGAGCGGGAGCGGCAGCCCCUGGAGGAGCUGGCAGCUGAGGACCGCUUCAUGCUGCUCUUCAGCAAGGUGGAGCGGCUCACCCAGCGAAUGGCUGGUAUGGCCUUCCUGGGCAACUUCCAGGAUAACCUGCAGAUGCUGACUCCGCAACUCAAUGCCAUCAUCGCAGCCUCCGCGUCUGUCAAGUCCUCGCAGAAGCUGAAGCAGAUGUUGGAGAUCAUACUUGCGUUGGGGAAUUACAUGAACAGCAGCAAGCGGGGAGCUGUGUAUGGCUUCAAGCUCCAGAGCCUGGAUCUGCUGUUGGAUACCAAGUCCACUGACCGCAAGAUGACGCUGCUGCACUUUAUUGCCUUGACGGUGAAGGAGAAAUACCCAGACCUGGCUAACUUUUGGCACGAGCUGCACUUUGUGGAGAAGGCUGCGGCAGUGUCCCUGGAGAACGUGUUGCUGGAUGUGAAGGAGCUGGGCCGGGGCAUGGAGCUGAUUCGGCGGGAGUGCAGCAUUCAUGACAACAGUGUCCUGCGGAGCUUCCUCAGCACCAAUGAAGGCAAACUGGACAAGCUCCAGCGAGACGCCAAAACGGCUGAGGAAGCCUACAAUGCAGUCGUGCGCUACUUUGGCGAGAGUCCCAAGACCACGCCACCUUCUGUGUUCUUCCCAGUCUUUGUCCGAUUCAUUCGUUCUUACAAGGAAGCAGAACAAGAGAACGAAGCCCGCAAGAAGCAGGAGGAGGUAAUGCGGGAGAAGCAGCUGGCUCAGGAAGCCAAGAAACUGGAUGCCAAGACCCCAUCCCAGCGGAACAAGUGGCAACAGCAGGAGCUAAUUGCAGAGUUGAGACGGCGCCAGGCCAAGGAGCACCGGCCUGUCUAUGAGGGGAAGGAUGGUACCAUUGAGGACAUCAUCACAGGCCUCCACCACCAGCCUAUUGUCGUUCGCCACCAAGCCAGGAGUGCUGUACCGCAGAGCCCCCCUCGGGCUCCAGGCCCCCACUGAGCGCCUCUUCACUUCAACUCAUGGACUUGGAGCCUUGGAAUCAGCCAGGGGCCCAGCAGAGGGCUGUGCUGCUGUCAGUCAUUUUCACCCCGGCUCUUCAGGCUGGAUCUUACCUGUGCCACUGUGGGCACUAGGUCUGUGGGGGCCUGGCACGUUCUUGGUGCCUCCAGUACUGCACUUUGCCCCAAAGGUCUUCAGCUUCAUUUCCUGAAGGGUCACCAAGGGUCAGCUCUGGCCCCUUGGGCCUGGGAAAAACCAUUUCCAGCUUUAGCCAAUACAGGGGCACCUAGGUCCCUUUCCCACUAGAGCCCAGAGGGAUGAGAGCAGGAGCAACUAUCCCUUCUUUGUUUCCUUCCUUUUUGCUGGCCCAUGGUCAGCUCUGGUGUAGAAGUAUCCAGGCUUAAAGGGAACCCUGGGACCCUGCCAUUCUCACAUCAUCUCUUAGGAGCAAGGCCCUGCUAAGCCUGGGCCCCGCCCAGCUGUGCCCCAGUGAUAAGGGUAGAGGAGAGAUGCUGGGCUUGUUGCCCUCACCCCUUGGCUGUUGGCCCAUUUCAUUCUAGGCUGACACUGUCCUUGCCAAGGUGGGCAGAAAAGCAGAGGUUUUCUCUGCAGACAAAGCAUGUGCCAACAUCCUCACCUUUUCUCAGCUAGGUUUUUUUUUUGGCAGGGGGCAUGGUGGUCUUGGCUAUUUGCUCAGUUUCCUGCCAGCAUCCUCUCAGCCCCUAGAAGGGAAUGUGGGGGCCCAUUUCUUUUUGUACAUGUACCACCUCCCUUCUCUCCUGUACAUAAACCCCAGACCUUCCCUCUCUC